AUGGACGAUGAGCCCGAAACGUACGAAUACCUGCCCAGACGAGUACCUCUGGAGGCCCACAUUAUGAGCAAGUGUCCUGAUGCUCGUGAUUGCCUUCACGACCUUGUACUCCCAGCUAUGGUGAAUGUCAGCAACCUCGUCGAUUUCAAGCUGUCCUACAUUGGAAAAACCAUAGAGGACGACGACGGUGUUGUCUGCAUGCAUGGCCCUUCGGAAUGCUUGGGCAAUUCCAUCGAACUCUGCGCAGCUCGUCUUUAUCCUAACCCCAGAAUCCACCUCGGCUUCACUAUGUGCAUGUCGCGCAACUAUUCUGAGAUUCCUUCAGAAGAUCUUGCCAAGGACUGCGCUUUGGAGCAUGGUAUCGACUUCGAGAAGCUGAACCACUGCUUGAGCGUUGAUGACGGCGCAUACUCCAGGAAUCUCCUCAAGAAGUCUGUUCAGAGAAGUGCCGAGAAGGGUGUCACUAAGAGCUGCACCGUCAGAGUCGACGACAAGAACUGGUGCAUUCGUGAUGGUGGCAAGUGGACGGACUGUGAGAACGGCCACGAAGUCAAGGAUCUCAUCGAGCACAUCUACGAUUUGAGAUGGAAGCACAGCAGUGCAUAUGAGGCGAAGAUUGGUUCUAACUGA